AUGUCUAACAUCUUUAUCAGUUCUACGACCUCUUCCGCUGUAUUUUUCGAUUCUCCGAAGAUGGCGUUUUACUUCGCCCUUUUGAAUGUGUCGGCAAAGCGCGAUGACCGCACGAAUACGUCGACAUCACAUAGGCACAAGCGACGUCGACAUAGCAUCGCAUCGGUGGAAAGUCCGGUUCUGGACUAUCGAUUACUGCCAAGACCACAAGUUGUUCGAAAUGAACUCUAUCGCGACGAUCAACCGACAAACGCUCGGAACGAUGGGAGCAAACAAGACAGGGUGGAUCACUCUCGUCUGAAUGCAGAUCCAAAUCGCAGUGCGUCUACAUCGCGAUCGCACAACGACUUCAUACAUUCCCAGGAACACGAUUCCAAACAUUCGUCUAGAGGUGGAAGCGCUCGACAUCAGAAGGAGCACAAAACAUCUCAGAACAAAGCAACGAAAAAGGCUGACGGUGGCCACGGUCACUCUCAUCCUACAAAGAAGAACAAGCAAAAAAAUGAAACAAACCGUGUUCUCGAAACUCGAGAACGUCCUUCACGCCUCUACGACCGCACCGCUCUGGAACGAGAGUUUUGCGAGAUGCAAGUCGCAUCCUCUUCCAGGAAGGACCACCAGGAAAGGGAAAACGCUCGUAAGAUCAUGAAUGGAUCUGCAGAACAUUCCGCCGCGAAAACGAUGGACGAGACGAUUAGACCUGCUACUGCGCCUAGAGGGGACUACAGAUGGAGAGGAAAACGACCGAUUGUUGUGAAGAGACGGGUAUCGCCACAGGAAAGUUCCACAACGAGUGACAGUCGCAGGUCAAGCAAUCAGAGCAAUCGCAGCCCACAGAGGCAGGACAGUCUCGUAACCAAGUACGUUCUAGCAUCGUCGAAUUCCUCCUGUCGAACAGGCGAAGCGGCUCACACAGCGCAGUCGCCUGCCUUGUCCUUGCCAGUCGCUACGAUUCACAAGCUAUCAAACAUUUCCAUGCCGUCGAAAUUGAAUGACAUCCCACGAACUGGUACACUGAAGAAGGUCACCUUCGAAAACGAUUUGUCCGAAUACGUUGUGAGCAGUGAUUUUUUAGGCGAUCGCAGAGUGCUGGUUCGUCGAGGCAGUGGCUCUGCAAUUCACCGACGCUCCAUCACCGAACAACUUUCGCCGUCCUCGAUUACGACGACUGCACUGCGCCCGUUCGCCCAAGGGACAGCAGCGCUGGCAGGCGUCGCCUAUGGCGCUGCAUUGUGGGCGCCGUUCUCCGGCGAAAGGGAAGAAGCACCCGAUCGGCAGAAUGUCACCAACAACGCGAUCGAAGAAACCUCUAAACGAGGAUGUGUGGGUGGGCUGCUACGACGUCGCUCCACUUCUGAUAGGCAUGUCGUGCUUGGAUUCCGAAAUGAAGGGUUUCGUCUCACGAACGAUGUGACACCACAAGCUGAGUUUGCCAGGACCGCCUCCGGAGCGACUCUUGUCCCAUUUGCUGGUUGA